GUAAUUCAUUGUAUCAGUUCGAGAGAGAGACGGGAGGUAACAACGAGCGACUCGACUGGUCUACUCCGGGAAACACUGAAAAAUCCGACUCUUUCGACAUAAACUGAAGGGAUGGCAGCCAUCCGUAAGAAGCUGGUGAUAGUGGGGGAUGGAGCUUGUGGGAAGACCUGUCUUCUGAUUGUCUUCAGCAAGGACCAGUUCCCUGAGGUCUAUGUCCCCACCGUGUUUGAGAACUAUGUUGCUGACAUAGAGGUGGAUUCCAAACAGGUGGAGUUGGCUCUAUGGGAUACUGCGGGUCAGGAAGACUAUGACAGGCUGAGACCUCUCUCCUAUCCAGACACUGAUGUCAUCCUCAUGUGCUUCUCCAUAGACAGCCCAGACAGCUUGGAAAACAUUCCAGAGAAGUGGACCCCAGAGGUCAAACACUUCUGUCCCAACGUUCCCAUCAUCCUGGUAGGAAACAAGAAAGACCUGCGUAACGAUGAACACACACGCAGAGAGCUGGCCAAAAUGAAGCAGGAGCCAGUAAAACCAGAGGAAGGCAGAGACAUGGCCAACCGCAUUGCAGCAUUCGGUUACAUGGAGUGCUCUGCAAAGACAAAGGAUGGCGUGCGGGAGGUGUUCGAGAUGGCCACCAGGGCGGCACUGCAGGCCCGCCGAGGCAAGAAGAGCAAUAAGUGUGUACUGCUGUAAAAUGGCAUACACAUUUGGACUGUUACCCCCUUGGGCUUCUGUACCCGGGGGCUAGGGCUCGGGAGGGACUGGGGGAAAACUAAACGGGAGAGAGAGGGAAGGGAAGAAAAAAAAGUGCAGUUCAUGACUACCGCUGUAAAGUGGCGGUUUGUUGGACUGAAUUUACCCUGGGACUUGAAUUCGGGAAGCUAUGAUGGAGAUGGAUGGGUGGGGGGAUUUUUUGGGGGCGGGCAGGAAGGAGCACAUUAAAUGACUAUCGCUGCAAACCGUUGGACACUUUAACGGUGGGUUUACCAAUAAGGUGGGGAGGUUGUACCAGCCACCAGCCAAACGCUGGUACAUUUUGUCUUCUGAACAAACCACUUACUGAUUAAGAUAAUUGGGAGAUCCCAGUCCUGUCUAAAAUUCUAGCUGACAUAUAGAAGUGAUUAUUGGUGAAUUGUGGGAUUACAGUGACUGAGUGUCAGUGCUUACAACAAACAGGUUUAGAUUAUUUGACACAUGGGAGUUGCAACCAGACAGCACAGUAAAUAAGUACCACCUUAAACAGCCACCAGUGUGCUAUUUAUCUCCAGGUGUGCCUACCUGGAUUUAGGGCUAUGUCUUGUAGAGUUGGACAGUUGAAGGGAUCUGAGGGAUGAUGUGCUGUGGUGUUUGUUGUGACCAUUAUGGGACUGUACUCAUCAAAUCAGGGCAGAUUAGAUAGUUGUGCACUUUCAGCUAAUGUUUAAUGCUGUAGUUACCAGGACAGGUUAUUUUAACAGCCAAUAAAGUAGACAAAUCCACAAUCUACUCAAUCAGUCAACUGCUUCUUUAAAUGGUGCUUGAAGCACGUGUUGCAAUUAUUUCAUGGACCAAAAAAAAAAAGAAUAUACUUUCAAGACAAGAAAGUUUGUACUGACACAGUUGUUUGAUCUACGUUGUUAAAUUAAUGGUCACAUGCCGUCACGUGCUCAGACCAUUUGUAUCUUAUUAUCUGAGGAGAGUGGAGCUCCAUGCUCACGUGUCCAGCUUAGUCUGUCACUGUGGCUAAUCCCAUGCUUACAGACUCACUGUGACAAACACAGGCAAAGUUACCUGGUUGUUUGAAACCAACAUUUGGCUAUCACUGCAUGUUUAUAAGUGAAACUUCUUUGUGAGCAUCAUGAUCUCAUCUGUAAUUAUAAACUGGCUCUCACCACCACCUGUAGUCCAGUUGCUGCUUUGAACAUGCAGUACCUGAGCAGUGUUGUAGUAUGCACUGUAACUGUAACUUUUUUUCCCAGAGAGCAGCAUUGUUGGUUUGUCUACUUUACAAAUGUUAGUUGAAUUGUAUUAGUGGCAGGAUAACUGUGGUCCCUCUGAAUGACAAAGGUAGCUUCCUCCCCUGCAGAGUACAACCAGAGCAACCUCUGCCCUGGCUCAGCUGCCAUCCCUUCCACUUCCACAUAGCUGACUGCUGAUGCUCAUCUCCCCCCAGGCUUUAGACCAGGAUGAAGAACAAGGAGAGGAGAGAAUUGUUUUUAUAUGCGCUCCAACCGCUGAUAUCUGUAUUACAGAACCGUUUCUUUUAUAAAGGUCAAAUGUAAAAUAUGAUUAUGAGUGGAAAAAAAUGUGCCUGAGAUGGAACUUGUUAUCCACCAUGCUCGUCAGCCUUUAUUGGUUUACUGUUGGUAUCUGCCACCUGCAUGAACAGUUUAUCUCAAAAAGACAAACCUGACACAUACGGCAUGACCUUUUAUACAGAAUCAUGUGCAUGGAAAUACAGGAAUGGGCAGGUUGGACAGCCGGUUAAAUUUUGAGGGUAAAACAUGGCAAUAGUCUUCAGUUACCAGCAUAGUGACAAUUAACUACCUGCUGUAUAAUGGAAAAGUUUCAUUUCUAGGUCUUUCCGUUAUAAAAAUAAUGAGAGCGACGGGCUAUAUUUGGGAACAUUCAGCCCUCUCUGACCCUUCAGUGUUACGCUGCCAGGUUCAGGGACUCUCUCGACAGUGCACCCUCCUGUUUUUCUCCCUGGCCUACUGGGAGGAGCCUGUUCCAGAAACCCAGUUUUGUGAUGUUUUUAAACUUUAUUUCCUGAUUUUUAAAAGAGAAACGUCAUAAAUAUGUUGUCUAUCAGUAUUUAAAAUAGGAGGUGGACGAUAGGAGACUGCUUAUGUGUGGCUUUCGUUUAUUCUCAUGUGCUUUAACCGAAGUUUCCUGAUGAUUUUCUCUGGGGUGUAACGACCUGUCAAUCAUCACUGCCAAAUGCUGUUGUUGGGCAGUCAGGAGAAAGGCUGGCCUCUCGGCUGCCUGUGUAGAGCAUCGCUAGGACCACAUGUGCUGGCUCUUUUGCUGUUUGUUUUAAACACAAACAAAAGACAAAAAAAGAAAAAAUCAAUGUAUGUCUCCUUAUUCUGUACAAAUCAUUCUUAUUUCUACUUUUUAUUGUAUUUUUAAAUCCAGAUUUGUGGAUGCUGAAGCAGUGAUGUAAACCAAGGAACAGGAAAACAAAGCUGUAUGCAAAGUCUGUAAAUAUGAAAUGUGGGUUUGUUCAUACUAGACUAUACACACGCACAGGACUGGAAACUGUAUUUGUAAACUAGCUUUGGUUUGUGUAAUAAAUUACUUUCUAUAACA